AUGACAAUUAACACCAUCGGGCAGUUCAUUGAUGACGUUCAGGGCCCAAGACCCGUGAUGCGGUUUGUUGUCGUCCUAUCCGACCGGGCAGCGAGCGAACUAUUAUACGCUGCCUCACCAACAACUGUCCAAUUGCAGCUCGGUUCUACACCCCCUGAUAUUGAGAACAAAGACCUCAUCGAUAUUCCUGCCCCUGACCCGGCGGCAGGUGCUGUUGAGGAUGUCGUACAAACAUAUAACUAUGAAACCUCUUCUUUCUCACUUUACCCUAUCACCUAUUCAUCCACCGAUCUGACCGAGGGCCAAAACCAGGACAACAAUGAGCCCACUACCGAAACUGAAAAGGGCCUUGACCCCGAAGAAGCCCCUGUAGCGGAGCCAAGUGCUUCGCCAGAUGAUGCCACGGCCACUGAGCCUACAGAUCUAGAGGCUGCGCCACCAGCUGAAGCUGCACCUGAAGAAGCUGCCCCAGAAGCAAGCGAGGAGCCCAAGGAUGAUUCUGCUACUGCUGCUGCCGAAGAACCAGCUCCUGAGGGAGAGAAUCCCGAAGCUCCCAAAGACGCCGCUGCAGAAGACGAGAAACCUGCAGAUGAAGCGACGCCAGAGGGGGAAUCAAAGUCUGAAGAAGACCCCAAACCCGAAGAGGAUGUGGCGCCCGCGGGCGAUGCAAAGCCCGAAGAAGGUACCGAAGAGGCAGCACCAGCUAGUAAGGACACCAAGAAAGAUGGUGAAACCGGCAAUGAUGAUGACGAAUUUCCAGAAUGCAACCCAGAAGAAGACGCCGAAAAGGUAGCAGCCGAGAAAGAGGCUGCUGCUAGAGAGGCCGCCGAGGAGGCUCAAGAUGAAGGCGAAUCUGCACCACCGGUCGAUGAUGCCCCUGCAGAUGGCAAUGACGACAGCCCCGAUGCAGGCGCAGGCGCAGGCGCAGCUUCAGACCCGGCACCCGACCCGGCACCCGAAGCCCAACCAGACGAGGCUCCAGCAGAGCCAGAACCCAAAGCGGAUGACUCACCUGCCACGACUGAAGAGGGACAAUCGCCUGCUGAUGCAACUCCCGCCCCGGAAGAGCCUGCAGCAGUAGAGCCAAUUGUUGAGGAGAAGUCAGCAUCAAAGAAGAAGAAAGACAAGAAGAAAAAGAAGAAGGGUAAGGGAGCGGACCCAGAGCCAGCCCCAGAAUCAACAGCAGAGCCCGGGGCCGCGCCUGCGCCUGAAACUGAAGCCGAACCCGAGAAACCCGCAGAGCCAGCGCCAGAACCCGAAGCCAAGCCCGAAAACCCCGCAAAGGAUCUGCUACAGGAGGAACCAGCACCAGUUGAAGCCCCGGCAGAGGAACCAACCGCGGAGGAAAAGGGAUCGAAGAAAAAGAAAAAGAAAGAGAAAAAGAAGAAGGGCAAAGCGGCUAACCCAGAGCCAGAAGCUGACCCCGAGCCCGAAGCCCCAGCACCAGAAUUAGCUCCUGAAGAAUCACCCGAAGCGAGCGAACUGGCAGCAGAAGCAGAGGUGGAGUCAAAGCCAGAAGAGACUCAGGUAGCAGCGGAGCCUGAACCCGCUCCGCCAGCAGCAGAGGAGGAAAUGGUUCCUGAGGAACCUGCGAAGGAACCAGAGCCGGAACCCACACCAACCGAGGAACCAGCUGCCCCUGAGCCCGAAGCGGUCGAGGCUCCCAAAGAAGCGCCUGCUGAAGAAGCACCGGCUGAGCCAGAGCCAGAGUCUGUAGCUGAGCCUGAACCUCAGUCUGAAGUAAUCGAAGAGGUACCCCUCGAGGAGAUUGCCGAAGAACCUGCUGCCGAGGAAGCUCCAGCAGACGCAGCACCAGCUCCUGUUGAAGAACCUACCCCUAUCGUGGAGACCCCUCCUGCGGAAGAACCAGCUGCUGUUGCUCAAGAGCCGGUCGAGGAAAAGCAAGCCGAAGAGACACCUGCGGCAGAGCCAGCCCCCGCUGCUGAUGAAGCUCCAGCCGCCGAGCCCGUCGCUGCUGAAGAACCACCGGCCGUCGAUGCCACGCCUGAGCCCGAGCCUGUCAACGAGCCUGCUGCCCUAGAGGCCCCGGUGGAGGAGGCCCCAGCUGAGGCUGCUGCGGAAGCUGCCCCGGAACCUCCAGCUGAAGAAGCUCCGGCACCCGAACCCACACCUGAGCCCGAGCCUGUCAAUGAGCCUGCUGCCCUAGAGGCCCCGGUGGAGGAGGCCCCAGCUGAGGCUGCUGCGGAAGCUGCCCCGGAACCUCCAGCUGAAGAAGCUCCGGCACCCGAACCCACACCUGAGCCCGCUGCUGAGCCCGCCCCCGAACCAGUGGCCGAGCCUGCUGCCGAACCUGUUGAGGAACCCGUUUCUGAAGAGCCUGCUAAGGAAGAGCCGAUGGUCGAAUUAUCUCCUGAAGAGGCAGCACCAGCGCCGGAGCCUGAAAGUACCCCGGUGGCUCCCGCCGAGGAACCUGCGCUUCCCACACCAGAAGUGGAAAUUGCUGAGCCAGCUGCUGAAGCUGUGCAGGAGACCCCUGCUCCAGCCGAGGAAGCGCCAGUCGAAGAAGCGCCCGUCGCCGAUGCACCCGCGGAGGCAGCACCAGAGCCGGAAGCUGCUCCCGAGGAGGCGCCAAAAGAGAUCCCAGAGGAAGCUCCUGCCCCCGAGCCAAUGCCUGAGGAACCUGUCCCCGAAGCUGCUCCAGCGGAGGCCCCAGCACCUGAAGAAGCUCCGGUCGAGCCGGCAGCUCCGGAGGCUGCAGCUGAGACAGCUGAGCCCGAGCCAACUGCUGUCCCAGUCGAGAUUCCAAUGGAAGAGCCUGUGCCCGAAACAUCUCCAGAGGAACCCGUCUCUGAGCCAGAAGCUGCGAGAGACCUUCCCGAAGACGCCCCACCAGCCGAACCUGAAGCCGCCCCCGUGCCAGUCCCUGCCCUUGCUAGUGACGAAGUAGCGACCGAAUAUCUCGUGCCACCGGCAGCAGCCCAGCCGGAGGUGGAGAUGAUCGACGUUGAGCCUCUUCCUGAAGGAUCCCCCGAAGAAGGUGGAGAUGCCGCAGCGCGCCGCAACUCUCGGCGCCGCAAGAGACGCAGCCCUACAGAGCGCGAACGCCCUAUGGAGCGCGAACGCCAACAUUCCAAGACAUCGUCCGAUGGGCGCCAUGAUCAACUCCAACGCCAGAAGAGCGAACGAGGAGUUUUCACCAACCGCUGGGCAAAGGCACUGGAAGAAGCACGACGUCAACAUGACGAGAAAGCCCAAAUCCAGCGCAAGCAGCGCGCCCUCGUUGAGGAGCGCGAGCGCAGCGGUAUCCCCGUCUCCGAGAAACCAAGGCGCUCGAAGAGCUCAGCCAAGGAGAAGGUGAGAGAAUUGGAGCCAGAGGCUGUCGUCGCUGAACCCAGGCCCAGGCGUCGCGAUUCAGAGACACCCAGCCGGCCCAUUGAGCGAGCUCGCUCGACCAGGACUUCCUCGUCUAAACAGAUAUCAUCAUCCGCACCAACAAGUAAGCCUCGUGCUUUCCUGCGGUACAUGACAGAAGGCAAAUCGGAUACCAAUGGGCCUCCGUUGCGCGUGAAUGCCACCAAGGCUUCCCCGCCUGUCGAUAGUCUGCGUCGCUCAUCGACUAGCCACAGCACUGGCAGUGGUAGCCGUCAUGAACGUGCGGAGAACGAAGACAGGCAUUCUAAUGGUCGUUCCAGUGGCCGUUCGAGUGGAUCUACUUCCCGACGCGAAGAGCGCCGUGAGGAACGCCGCGAGGAACGACGUGAAGAACGCCGUGAGGAACGCCGCGAGGAACGACGUGAAGAACGCCGCGAGGAAGAGACCCGUCUUGAGCGCACUGACACCAGGAAGUUGCGCCGCUCGUCGACGGCCGAGCAUGGUCGAUCCAGGGAGAAGGAGAGAGAGCGUGAGCGUGAGCGUGAUCGUGAGGUGGAACGAGAGGAGCGCGAAAGAAGGCCUGAGGGUUCUUCUCGGCGGUCCAAGGACUCGAGGGAGGUUCGCUCUCAACGCCGACAUAGGCGUGAAGAGUCGCCCGUCAAGGAGUCGAAGAUGAAGAGUAUUUGGAGAGCCAUUGCUGCCCAUUGA